GUCCUUGGCGGUUAUUACCUGUGCGAGGGUCCAGCGGUGCAGACCUCAACCCCGCCUCCGGCCGCCGCGUGCUGCAGCCCCCAGCACACACAUACACACACACACACACAUCCUGCUCCGGCCCAUCAGUGCCCAGUGUCUGCCCUGGCUGUGCACACGUUCCCGGUCUGAGCUCCAGCCUCGCCGACGCUUCUCUCACUCACCUUUUUAUGAGAUGAUACGAGAGGCCUGAGGCAGCAGCCCGUCACCAGACACCUCCACCUGUAGCCGUGAAGUGCCCCAUAGUAGCUCAGCAUUGACAGUGGAAACAUGGGGAAAAACACCAGCAAUAAGAAGAUGGACAGUGGUGGCCAAGCCAGCUCCCCUGAGGAGGAGCCUCCGAGGGACCCUGGCCUGACCAAGCACCACUCCUACACCAAUGAGGACCUAGAGGGACACCGUGCCCACUCCAUCUAUGUAGGCGUGCAUGUGCCCGGGGCUCGCCGCCGCCGGGGCCACCGCCACCACCGCCACCACCACCACCACAAGAGCUCUUCCAAGGACGGCUCUGAAAACAGACCUGUGACUCCCCCAAGCCAGCGGGUGCAGUUCAUUUUAGGCGAGGAGGACGAUGACGAUGGCAGCCACCUCAGCCACCCAAUCUUCAGUGAGAUGGAGACGCUCACGGAGAUGGAGGGCGGAGAGAUGGAAUGGAAGGAAACUGCCAGAUGGGUGAAGUUUGAGGAGGAUGUGGAGGAGGGCGGAGAGCGGUGGUCCAAGCCUCACGUGGCAACCCUCUCACUCCACUCCCUCUUUGAGCUGCGGUCCUUCCUGCUCAACGGCACGGUCAUCCUGGACAUGGACGCCACGACCCUUGACCAAAUCACUGAUCUCUUGCUGGACAACAUGAUCAACCAGGGACAGUUGACCUUUGAAAGCAGAGAGAAAUUCAAGGAUGCCCUCCUGCGCAAGCAUAAGCACUUGUACGAGAAGCAGAAGACCAACAAGGAGAACGGCAACAUGUCCCGCCUGCCUCUGAUCCGCAGUCUGGCGGAAAUUGGCCGCAACCAUUCAUCUUCCAAAAGCGGGGGGUCAGGCUUCUUCAGAGCCUUAUCCUUUUCAGGUGGAAACAAUGCAAGUGUCAUAUCUAACCCCGAAGGAGCAAUGGAACAGUCUCCCUCCUCAGGCUCCAUCACUCGCAACCACAGCGGAAGCAACUUGGACGUCGUUGGACAUGAGCACAAGGGAAAUACUCACUUUAUGCGUAAGAUUCCUCCUGGUGCCGAGGCCUCCAACAUCCUGGUGGGGGAGGUGCCCUUCUUAGACAAACCAGUGACUGCUUUUGUAAGGCUCACUCAGAGUGCUAACCUUGGGAACCUGACUGAGGUGCCCGUUCCCACAAGGUUCCUGUACAUCAUCCUGGGUCCUGUGGGUGGACUGCCAAGGUACCAUGAGAUAGGCAGAGCAAUGGCAACACUUCUCAGUGAUGAAGUGUUCCAUGAUGUGGCCUACAAGGCAAAGAACAGGAGUCACCUUCUGGCUGGUAUAGAUGAAUUCCUUGAUGCUGUCACAGUCCUUCCUCCAGGAGAGUGGGACCCAGCAAUUAGGAUUGAACCGCCUGCAGCUAUUCCCUCUCAAGAGACUCGAAAGAGCCAGAAGCCAGUUGAAAUCAUUGAUGAGGAGGAGGAAGAGAUGAAGCUACGAGAAGAGGCUGGACUCACCCGCUCCGGCAGGCUGUUUGGUGGUCUUGUAAAUGACAUAAAGAGAAAAAAGCCGUGGUACCUGAGCGACUUCAAAGACGGCAUAUCCAUUCAGACCAUUGCCACCACCAUCUUCAUUUACUUUGCAUGCCUUACCCCAAUCAUCACCUUCGGAGGUCUGCUCGGAGAAGCCACGGAAAACAGAAUUGCUGCCCUGGAAUCUCUCGUUGCCGGCCUGAUUUGUGGAGUCGUAUACGGCUUCUUCUCUGGUCAACCCUUAACUAUCCUCGGCUCAACUGGUCCCGUCUUGGUGUUUGAAACCAUUUUGUACGACUUCUGCAAGACCAUGGCCUGGAACUACCUUUCAUUCCGGUUGUGGAUUGGUCUCUGGAGCGGCCUCAUCCUGAUGACCCUGGUGGCCGUUGAUGCUUCAGCCUUGGUGUGCUUCAUCACUCGCUUCACUGAAGAAAACUUUGCUACCUUGAUUGCAUUUAUUUUUAUAUAUAAGGCUGUUGAGAAAGUUCUGAUGAUUGGCGACAAGUACCCCAUGGAGACAAAUGUAGACGUGAUGAAAGAUUGCAUGUGCGUACCACUCAACGAGACGGAGGAAGUGAUGAACUCUACCGACUGGAGCAACAUGACGUCCGAGACCUGUUAUGAGUUCUACAAUGGCACCAUGGUAGGCACGGGACCCGAGUGCAUCCACUACGAGCCCGACGUGUACCUGCUCAGCCUGAUCCUCUUCUUCGGCACCUUCCUCAUCUCUGUCUACCUUAAGGACUUCAAGUCUGCUGCCUUCUUCCCUGCCAAGGUUCGCCAGUUCAUCAGUGACUUUGCUGUCAUCAUUGCCAUCCUGGCCAUGAGUGCCACAGACUUUGCUAUUGGCAUCCACACCCCAAAGCUGGAGGUGCCAUCAGAGUUCAGCCCAACCUGGGAGGGCCGUGGAUGGCUCAUUCCUCCUUUCAAUGGUAAUCCUUGGUGGACUUCCAUCGUGGCUGUGGUUCCUGCCCUGUUGGCCUGUAUCCUUCUGUUCAUGGACCAGCAGAUCACUGCUGUCAUUGUCAACAGAAAAGAGCACAAACUUAAGAAGGGCGGCGGCUACCAUCUCGAUCUCUUCAUCCUGGCCAUCCUGACAGCAUUUAAUUCUGUCUUGGGCUUGCCUUGGUUUGUGGCUGCCACUGUGCUGUCCAUUAACCAUGUCAAUUCACUGAAGCUGGAGUCUGAGUGUGCAGCCCCUGGAGAGAAGCCUCAGUUCCUGGGAGUGAGGGAGAAUCGGGUGAGUCACAUCAUCAUCUUCAUAUUGAUUGGUCUGUCUGUGAUCAUGACGCCAAUCCUCCGGAGGAUCCCCAUGGCCGUGCUCUUCGGUGUCUUCUUGUACAUGGGUAUUGCUGCACUUAAGGGCAUUCAGUUCUUCGACCGAAUCCUCAUCAUGUUCAUGCCCAUCAAGUACCAGCCGGACUACACCUUCUUGAGACAGGUUCCAUUGAAGAAGGUUCACUUGUUUACUGCAAUCCAGGUGGCUUGUCUGGCAAUUUUGUGGGUGAUCAAGUCUUUCAAGCAAACCUCCAUUCUCUUCCCACUUAUGUUGGUGGUGAUGAUUGGCGUCCGGAAGUGCCUGGACUGGAUCUUCACCCAACGAGAACUUAAGAUCUUGGAUGACACUCUGCCAGAAUUCAGCCGCAAGAAGAGAAUGCAGGUGGAUGAUGAUGAUGAUGAUGAAGAAGGGAAGCUCGGGAAGGAAACAAGUGAAGGCAUAAUGACCAUUCCCCUUGCCAAUGGCAACGUGAUGAAGGUGCCCCUGAAUCCAAUCAACAUCUCUGAGGAGAUGAACAAGAGUGGAGUGUGGCAAGACAUUAACAAGGACCAAGAGAAGAAGCCUCCUCACUCACCAACCAAAAACAAUGAGGAUAGAAGCCGUAGCAGCUGCAAACGUUGUCGCCGCCGCAAGAAGAGCCGUACUAAUGAUGAAGUAAAUGGGGUGGCCAAUGGGCAUACAAGUGAUGUGGAAAUGAAUGGCACCUAUGUGUGUGAAGGCCACUCAGAAAAUGAGUCUAACACAAAGGAAAGCAGAUUGGAUUAUGAGAACGAGUCUUGUCAUUUGUAAGUACGACUGACACUAUUAUUCGUGGGUGGUAUAGAGGCUACCUUCUUCAUUGGUGCUGAUUUCAAGUCGGGAUUAUUUCUUCAGGUAUUAGGAUGGGCAAAUAAGCUACACUCAUUGGACCAUUCUUCAUUCUGAACCUCUGCUUCAUCUUCCACCGCUUUCAACAUCCUAAAUAAACUCCUCCAGUGAUUAGAAGACAAUUCACCAGAACUCAUAAACACUGUGCUGUCCCUUCCUUUUAGAAAUGCUUUUAAUUAUGACUUUAACUAGUAGAUUUUAGCUGUAAUAUUAAUAGCUUUGUACACCAAGGUCAAAAAAGACAUGAUCUUGAUUUCCUGUUCUUUCCCAAGCAACAACUGCUUGGAAAAUGUCACACGUGUAGGUUUGAGUGCCAGUUUGCCUGUCACAAAAGCCUCCACCUGGGUGAUACACCUUAUUAUACUUUCCUUGAGAACCUGUGCAUGUUUUGUCUUGUGUCUGCAGAUUAACCUUUUAUUAUAUGAAACCUACAAAAUGCUUUUUUUUUUCAUCAGUAUUAUUUGAAUCAGUUUUUCAUUAAAUCAAAUUGGUUUUGUAGGUUUCAUGUGCCUCAUUUAGGCUUUUGUGUUGUCCUUUGUCUUGUUGUCCUAUGUUUGCUUCCUGCCAUUCUAGUAUGUAAGACACCCCUUAAAGCUUUUGUGCAGACACCUUGACAUCUAGGUGAACCCCUUCCAAUUUCAAUUUCCAUGCCCUUUUAUUUCCCUAUAAAUUUUGGUGCUGUCUGUGCAAUCCUUGUUGAAGAAGUGAAAAUGGUUUAGCAAGUGUUUGUAGCUGGCUACCCACACCACACCCCAGAGUUCACCACACACUGACAUCACCCAUCGCAAAAAUUCUACAGGCUUAUGUUUAGUCACUAAUUCUCAAGUACUGCAAGAAUGGAGUUAUUUUAGGUUAAAGUUCAAUCAGUUACAACAUUACCAUUGUUUCACUUAUUCAAUCUGAACUAAUGACAAUCAACUCGAAUGAACAGUUGCAUCAAGUAGUUUAGGAGCACACAGAUAUGGUAGUGACGAUCAUGAUUCACUGAAGAGACAAUUCAAAUGAACUGCUUCAAGUCUUGAUGUGAACAGAAAAUGCUGCACUAAAUUCCAUUACUUUUGGAUGAAAAAUCUUGGCAGCUUUAUAAUAGAAUAGAACAUUAGGAACUUGAGGACCAGCCAAUAGAAUUUGUCUUUCCGAUUGUGCUCGUGAAAGUAACGGUUCUUUUUAUUUCCUAACAAAUACAUUUAAUAUAAAUAUAUAUAUUUUCCUACUAAGCAGUUUUAUUUUUGGUACUCGGUAGCUUGAAUAUUAAGAGUAAUCAUAGGUGUUGUCUUAGGCAAAUUGAUUUAGAUGGCACCUCUCGUCGCUGGUGCCAAACAACACGUCACUAAACACGGAGGCAAACACUGAAGCUGCAAAGUGUUAGGCAAAAAUUCAGCCAGUAUGUCAACCCAAACACUUCUUUUCAACACCACCAUGUAAUUAGUGUCAGGCAUAGUUAACCACUAGCCUUAUAGUAUUUGUACAGCUGUAUAAAAUAUUUUACAACUGGAUUUACCAUUGUUAAUAUUAGGAAAAUAAUUGAUCUAAAUGCCCGGUGAUACCAUAGUGAUACUGCAGAUGGUUAAAGACUACAACCAACAAAAAAUGCCCAUAUAGCACACUAGAGAGUUACCAUUCCUGGGGUCAGGGAAUUUCAAGAUGUUAUACUCUUGGGCAUUUCUUGUUAAACAGAGCCAGUAUGUAUAUAGUUUUAUACUGUAAUGACAUGUAUGUCAUAUACAUAUACAUAUAGAACAUAAUAAACAUGAUGAAUAUA